UUAAGGGUUUAGAGAAAGGUUUAAAUCACAUAAAUAGGGCUUUACUUUGCAAUUCAGUAUAAUUCAGCAUAUUGGCAAUAUAUACGCCUGAAAUGGAAUGUGAAGGAUGCGCAAGCAAUAUCAUCUACACACGCCACGACUAUUAAGAAUGUGUGUGUUCGUUUUUAGCCUAGAGAAGUGGUGUGUGCGUGUGCUCGCAACUAACAACAAACCUCUACAGUGUGGGCUGUAUGUUUAGUGUCUCCGGCGAGAACUGUAAAUUAUUGCAGUAGCAGCGACGAGGACUAUAAAUUAUUACAGUGGGCGGGGGGUAUGUUUCUUCUACUCAAUCAUGAUUUAAUCAAAUGUAGGCCCAUUAAAGGGAGACCUUAUCGGACAGCGCUCUCGGGAUGCAGAUGUUUUGCUAUAUCACAACACCGCACUGUACGCUAUUGACGUUUCGCUUCGGCCGUCCUUGACGCAUGGCUUGCUGGCUGUGAAAUUGGUUGGUGCAGGUAGCAGCGAGCGGAGCGGAGAAGGUGUAUUUUGAUCCAACAAUGGAGUGCUUGUUACUGUUGAAACGCUCGCUAGCCCUUUGAUCGUUAAUUGGUGUUCGCUAACGCUCUUGAGGUGAAUAUGUAUAGUUUGUGACAGUGUUUGAUCCCUUGAAGCGGUUGCUAGGAUUAGGAAGAAGCGGAACUACUGCUCUAGCCAGCUAGGGCGCUGUUAAAUCACCUGCCGCGCACGCAUUAUUAGGUGAAAAGGUAAAAAUUCAUCGAUAUCGGCGUACGCAUAAGCCUCCUACGUUUGGAUGGUACCUAAGAAGUUAGUCUGAUCUGGGAACCCCCCCCUCCCCUCCCGUCCCGCCCCUUCUAAUAGGAGUAAAGGACAAAGUAAGCUAACGAAAGGCCAAAACCAAAGCCACGAAAAUGUCAUCACCGAGCGCUGGAAAGCGUCGCAUGGACACGGACGUCAUUAAGCUAAUCGAAAGCAAACACGAGGUUACGAUCCUGGGUGGGCUGAAUGAAUUUUGUGUGAAGUUUUUCGGUCCCCGAGGUACACCAUACGAGGGCGGCGUGUGGAAGGUGCGCGUCCAUCUCCCCGAACACUACCCGUUUAAGUCGCCGAGCAUCGGCUUUAUCAACAAAAUCUACCACCCCAAUAUUGAUGAGGUAUCUGGGACCGUUUGCUUGGACGUGAUCAACCAGGCGUGGACGGCGCUGUACGAUCUGUCCAAUAUCUUCGAGUCGUUCCUGCCACAGCUGCUCACCUACCCGAACCCGGUCGAUCCCUUGAACGGAGACGCCGCCGCCAUGUACCUUCACAAGCCAGAGGAGUACCGGAAGAAGGUGGCCGAUUACGUACGGCGAUACGCGACUGAAGAGGCGUUACGUGAGCAGGAACCGCCGGAGAGUUCCGACAGUGAAAGUAGCAUGUCCGACUUCAGUGAGGAUGAGGCGCAGGACAUGGAGUUAUAACAACGGCUAACCGUACUUCCAACAGCAGUAGAACAGGGAAGGGUUGCUCCUAGCUACCAUCGUAGUAACAUGGUAUUGGCAAUACAGGGGCAGCAGCAUCUGACGCGCAAACACACUUCGACGACGAGGCUAUCUUCGGUGGUUUUAAUAUGUACUACUAGCAGAAGACAGUGUUAAGUAAAUCGGAAUGGUCUUUUGCACGCUGCUUGCAUAUGUUUCAUAAAGCCCCUCUAAGUCGUUCAUUUUAUCCAGUAUAUUCAGAACACGCAAACGUUCAGUUUACAUAAACGCUCGUUCAAAGAAGCAACACAAAAAACCCAAUUCAGGAACAUACCGAUUUUUGUGGGAGAGCCCACUAACGAUUACACAUUACACCGAUAACGAAAUUUGACUGACAUCCAAAAUCAGAGAGAUGAUAUGAACGUCUAAUGUUGGGUAAAUGGGUGGGUAUGUGUUUUUUUUUUUUAUUGAAACGUACAGCUGAAGUAUGCACAAAAGUGUGGCUGGAGAAAGAAUAUUUGUUCGAUGAUGCGACCUUGGCUAGUUAGGUUAAAACAUGAAGGGAGCAUAAAUUCGCAGCAAAAAGGCGAUGAUAGCCCUGCUUUCUCGCUCCGAUGCUUCACGAUCACUAUUACAAAUGCGUGGUGUCGAUUCGGUUUAUAUACGCAGAACUUUUUUCAGUUUUGCACUCUUCUGAAGCGAUUCUUAUUAAGCAAGGAGGGUAAAAGGAGUUUCUAUUCAAUUACGAUUGAUUUAUGGUCUUACGUUACAUUGCAUAAAAAUGAUCUUAUCUUAGCGUAUAAUUCAUCAGCUGCGUUGCUAAUCCCUACUCCCCCCUUUAAAGCGCGUUGUUCGGUUGUUAAGCGCCUUCGAUUUUUUCCCUUAUUUGUUCGUUGGAAUUAUGAAUUAAAUUAACCCCAUAAUGCGAGAAGGAUUAAUUCUUUUAACCAAUUAAUAACUUUAAUUUUUACUUAUUUGAACGGUGUGCUAAUGCUACUGCGAAUACGGUGCAACCAGAGCAACAAUGAUGCAACAUUGUCAACAUCGUUAAUCGAUUUGUCUUUUUUCUUCUUCAUUCACUUUUAACUUUUCCGAGUGACCGUUAAGAGGUGCGUUUAAGGAGAAGGUCCAAGGGAGCAUCCUUUUGCGGCGAAUAGGUGUGCCUCCACGAGAUUUUUUAUAACUAUGAUAAUAACAGCCUGAAGGGAAUGAAUACGUUCUUCGAUGUUUUCGUCUUCAGACUUAAAAGAUCAUUAGUUGGAGUGUUCAUGUUUUGAAAAGUGGUUUGUAAUAGGUAGGAGUAGGAAAUAGUCAUAUAUCUAUGUAGGGUAAGCAAAAGCAAUAUCAGUCAGGAAUGAUUUUGAGAACUUAAAAUAAAUGAAAUAAAAAAUCCG